AGGGCGGUUGUGGAUGUCGGGUGUAAGGGUUUGGAUUUGAGCCACCAUCCUUUAGAUCCGCCACAACUUAGCAUCCAUCGAGCCGGAUCGAUUCGCCAAAGCUCAGGGAUCUUGGUGUGUUUUGCCGGUCUGGAAGAGAGGGGUUUCCGUCCAGUGAGUCGGAUUGCUUCUUCAGGAUCUGAUUCCGUCGAUGUGCUUAGUCGGAGUGUCUAGCUUUCCGGGAGACUUGUGGUGGGUUGGUUCGUCGGAGGCAUGAAAUUGAUGGCGGAAACCGGUCUCUUUCGCCGAAAUUUCACUGUCUUCGGUUGCAGCCACAAAACUCUGGGUCUUGAGCCCGCCGGAUUUCAGGCUCCGGUAGCUCUGCGGGCAUCUAUCAACAAACGGCGAGCUUCUUUUGUUUUUCCGGUGAACUGUCGAUUUCGUAUUUUGUAACUGGACUGGACUUUUGUAGAUUCGGCCCAAGCCCAUUUGGGAGAUAAAUAUAAUAAUAGUUU